CAAACUCGCUGCCUUCUUCCCCCCCAGUGCUCUCUCCCUCCUUUCUCCCAGUGACUCCAAGCUGAGACCAACAGAUAGGAUGCUGUGCCUCAGCUCCCUGUCCACACUCCUCCUGCUUCUCCUCUGUCCCGCUCCACUGUCGGCCCAGGAGUUGCUCAUACGCCUCGCAGGCGUGGGCAGGCGCAGUGCAAAUGAGGGACGUGUGGAGGUGUUCUAUAAUGGAGCGUGGGGGACGGUGUGCGACGACGAGGUGGAUCUCAAUCUGGCCAAUGUGGUGUGCCGACAGCUGGGUUUUCAGCGCAGCUUUACCUGGGCGCACAGUGCCAAGUUUGGUGAAGGACAAGGUCUGAUCUGGUUGGACAAUGUGCGCUGCCAGGGCAAUGAGCUCUCUGUUGCAGAAUGUCGUUCCAAUGGGUGGGGAAUCAAUGACUGCACCCACGCUGAGGACCUUGGGGUCAUCUGCAGUCCAGAAAGGAGACCUGGCUUCUCCCCUGCCUCUGUGGACGAGUCCAGUCCAUCAUCCAGGCACCAGCCAAACCAACCAAGGCCGAGAAACCCACCUGUGUCCCCUCCAGCUCCACCCUCAGCAGCAGAACAAAUCUCCUCUUACGCAAGAGGCCAUGAGAUUGCCCUUCAUCGGAACCCAACUUCUUCCCGUCGCAGCAGCAUCUCGCCACAGGAAAACGGCCACGAGAUCCAGAUCUUGCGACGCAAUCGAGCCGGGUCCGGAGCGAGCCAGCAGAUGAACCCACAAGGGCACCAGCUGCCCUCCCGUCUGGCAAAUGGGGCAUCGUACAGGCAUAGGCAGGAGACAUCAAGGACCAGCCAGCAAGCAGUGAGACGGGAGGCGAAUCAGCAGCUCAGUGGGAACCAUGUUGAACCAGACGCUCUUUAUCCAGAGCCUAAUGAACAAUACACACAGGGAUCUUCGAGGGUUCACUUAGAGGAGGCCCGUCUACGGCCUGUGCUGUCCAGCAACAAUGGCGGUCUGGUGACAGAGGGAGUGCUGGAAGUGAAAAAUGCUGGGAGGUGGCGUCAUGUGUGCAACCAUGGAUGGGACCUGAGAAGCAGCCGCGUCGUCUGUGGCAUGUUAGGGUUCCCUGCUGCAGAAGCGUUUGACCAAGUCAGCUACAGGAAACUGUGGGACUCUAAGAUAGCCGACCCGUCCUCCAGGCUGCGGACACAGAUUGGUAAAAAGGGAUAUUGGGUGGAGAAAGUGCAGUGUCAGGGUGUGGAGGUGUCUCUGUCGCAGUGCCAGGCCCAGCUGUCCCUCCCCAGGACUGAUGUCCCGUGCAGCGGGGGCAUGCAUGCAGUGGUCCGCUGCGUCCCCGGGUACCAGUUCGCACGCUAUGGAAGAGCACCUGCACCACCUGCUGUAACGCCUGUUGUCCGCCUGAAGGCGGGGCCCCGUCUUGGGGAGGGUCGUGUCGAGGUGCUGAUAGAGGGCAAGUGGGGCACCAUGUGUGACCACCUGUGGGACGUGACUGCAGCCAGCGUGGUCUGUAGAGAGCUGGGCUUCGGGACAGCCAAAGAGGCCCUCAAAAAGGCUCAGCUGGGACAGGGUACUGGUCCCAUCCACAUGAACAGCGUCCAGUGCACGGGCAGAGAGAGGUCGAUUACAGAGUGCAUCUACAGACCGGUGCCGCUCUACAGCUGCAAACACAACCAGGAUGUAGCAAUCCGCUGCAACGUGCCCAACAUUGGCCUGCAGACCACGGUGCGCCUGGCGGGCGGCAGGGAGCCAUCAGAGGGCCGCGUGGAGGUGCUGAUGGAGAUCGGAGGAGUGAAGCGCUGGGGCUCCGUCUGCAGCGAGAACUGGGGCAUCAAUGAGGCCAUGGUGGUGUGUCGACAGCUCGGCCUGGGCUUUGCCUCAACAGCUCAUCAGGUAAACCAUAGAGUGCAAUAG